ACGGUCGUCGACUGGUUCAGCUAUAGAUUUCGCGGAAGAGCGAGCAGAGCAGAGCAGAUCAGAGUUCCAGAUGAGACCGUAAAGCUUCGUUAAGGUCCUUCAGGUGCUUACCAUGCAGCCUCCUGUCUGCAUCUUGUUCCUUUUGAUCUCGUGCUUCCAUCUCUCCUCCUCCACCCGCACUUUUGAUGCCAUAUUCAACUUCGGGGACUCGCUCUCCGACACCGGCAAUUUUCUUAUUGCUAACGCCAAUGCCUUCCCCGCUCCAAAUAUCGGCAAUACUCCUUAUGGCAUGACCUUCUUCGGCCACCCGACGGGCCGCUGCUCCGACGGCCGCCUGAUCAUCGAUUUCUUUGCCGAGGCUUUCGGACUUCCGCUGCUCCCGCCAUUCCUGUCGCGAAACCAGAGCUUCGCCAGAGGAGUAAACUUCGCUGUCACUGGUGCCACGGCACUCGACGUGUCCUUCUUCGAACAGAGAGGACUCGGAGGGAUGCUUGGGACGAACUUGUCACUGAACGUCCAGCUUGGGUGGUUCGAGCAGCUGAUUCCUUCCCUCUGCAACACGACUGAAGACUGCAGGAAGCUCUUCAGCAAAUAUCUCUUCCUGGUUGGGGAGAUCGGGGGCAACGACUACCUGGUUCCUCUGACCUUCCACCGACUGACCGAGGAGCAGGUGACCGCGUACGUGCCUACGGUCGUCGAAGCAAUCAACAAUGCCACCGAGAGAUUGAUCGAGCUCGGGGCCGUGAACCUGGUGGUUCCGGGGAACCCACCGAGCGGGUGCUUCUCGGGCAUCCUCACCAUGUUGAACGGCACCAGCAAGCGGGAUUUCGAGCACGACACCGGAUGCUUGAAGAAAGCUAACGAUCUCCUCAAGUAUCACAAUCGAUUGCUCCGCGAGGAAGUGGUGAGGCUCAGGAGGAAGUACCCUCAUGUGAGGAUUAGCUAUGCCGACUUCUACAAGCCCAUCAUCCGUUUCGCUCGCUCCCCCGGCAAGUUCGGAUUUAGCUAUCCAUCUCUAAAAGCUUGCUGUGGCGGGGGUGGGCCUUACAACUUCAACAUCCAAGCCUUGUGCGGGCUACCGGGAUCGAGCGCCUGUGCCAAUCCCUCGGCCGCCAUGAAUUGGGAUGGUUGGCACGCCACCGAAGCUUCCUAUCGACAAAUCGCAGCCUCUUGGUUGCACGGACCCUACGCGCACCCGCCCAUCAUGAGCCUAAUGAAGGAUUAACGGGUGAGACGCAGCAAACGAAACCUAUCCAAGAACCAGUUGCAUGGGCAACUCGGAUCUCAUCUAUUUACCAUUUGAUCUCUGGAAUCGUUUCAUCCGUUUUCCUCCGGUGAUCUUAUGUACCAUGUAAGCCUCACUGUCUGCAAGUACUUUGCUUGAUCUUAUGACAAAA